GCCGCCGCCUCCUCCUGCUCGUCGCCGCGCGCGCGAGCCGCCUUGGCCUGGCCCAGCCCAGCGCAGCGCAGCCCCAGGGAAGGCGAUGGCGGCCUCGGUGUUCUGCUGCCUGCGCUGGUGCGGGGACGGCGGCGCCGGGCACAUCCCGCUGAAGGAGAUGCCCGCCGUGCAGCUGGACACGCAGCACAUGGGAACAGAUGUCGUCAUUGUCAAAAAUGGCAGAAGAAUAUGUGGCACGGGGGGUUGCUUAGCCAAUGCACCUUUGCAUCAGAACAAGAGCUAUUUUGAGUUUAAAAUCCAAUCCACAGGGGUUUGGGGUAUUGGAGUUGCAACCCAGAAAGCAAAUUUGAAUCAAAUUCCACUUGGUCGAGAUGUGCAUAGUUUAGUGAUGAGGAAUGAUGGAGCUCUCUACCACAACAACGAGGAGAAGAACAGGCUGCCGGCAAACAGCCUUCCCCAGGAGGGUGACAUUGUGGGUAUUACAUAUGACCAUGUAGAAUUAAAUGUAUAUUUAAAUGGAAAGAAUAUGCAUUGUCCAGCUUCAGGAAUCAGAGGGACUGUCUAUCCUGUAGUAUAUGUAGAUGACAGUGCCAUCUUGGAUUGUCAGUUCAGUGAAUUUUAUCACACUCCUCCAACAGGGUUUGAAAAAAUACUCUUUGAGCAGCAAAUCUUCUGAACGUCUUCAUACUGAAAACUUGCACCCCUACACUGUUAUAAAGCCUUUGCCAUCUUAAAUAAAGCUUCACGUUUACCUGUAGGAAACACAUCUGUAUUUUUUAGUAAAGUACUUGUGACUGUUGUCUGAAGAACCAAAGUGUUAACUGCAACACCAGAGAAUUGUGUUACAAAUGGUAGAUUUUGACAACUGUUUUGUGAUGUGAAAAUCAGUGUUUUGGGGCAGUUUUCUGAUUUGUAUUUGAUGUAAAUGGAAACUAAAGGGUAUAAUUGCCACAGUAUUAAAUGAACUUUUGGUUUCAAUUUGAGCUUUAUAAAGGGAAUAAUUCAUAUGCGUGACAGUAUGUUUCCAUAAAGCUACAGGGAUAGAUAGUUGUCUCAUGAUUUUUCCUGUUCCUUCCCACUCAGAAGUUAUGUACCUUGUAAAAAGAGAGCACUGUGCUAAUAGUCUGUUUGGAUUGCUAUGUCCUUGUUUUGCACAAUGACUAAUGAUACGAUUGGCAGCUAGAUUUUGUUUUUUCUUUUGAAACUUGUAACCUACCCAUUUCUAGUUGUUAAACAGCUAAUAUUCCUCUUGAGUUUAGAUAAAUCUCAUAGCUUUUCAUUUGCUUUAAGUGUGACAGAAUACUUUUUAGUAACAGUCAAAACAUUAUUUUGUUGUAAAAAAGCAAACCUAAACACAAGAUGUAUUUAUGAAGACCAUCAUGCUGUGUUACUCUGGUGGCAGAGUAGGUACAGAUUGUUUAAUUGUGAUGUAUACAAUGGCAGGGAUGGUAUGUUGGAUAUUACGAUGAAGCUUUACAUCUAAACUGUAAAUCAGAUUCUUUAUGGAAUAUUUUAUUUAAAUGUUUUUUUUCUGGAACCAGUAAUAAAAUGAAUAAUGGUUAA